UCACGGAAAGGCUCACUACUAUCAGACUGCGCAGGAGGAGAGGCCACAGCGGUGGGUCUGUUAACCUCAAGCCAAUGGUUUCCUCGUCAUCAGAAACGGUGAGAAUACCCCAUGCCGUCUUGCUAUCUUUCCCUGCGCAAGGCCACCUCAAUCCAAUCCUCACCCUUGCCAAGAUCCUUCACAUCGUCGGCGGCUUCCGCAUCACCAUUGUGAACACGGAGUUCAACCACCGCCGCCUCCUCCGCUCCUCCUCAUCGGCAGCCGCAGCAGCAAAUAACGCGAUCGAUGGUUUCCACUUCACCGCCAUCCCGGACGGCCUCCCUCCGAACCGCUUUGACGCCAACGCGACACAGGACAUCCCCACCCUCUGCGCCUCCACACGCCGGCACUGCCCUGCCUUCUUCCGCCACCUCCUCUCCACCCUUUCUCCUCCGGCCACCUGCGUCAUCGCCGAUGGCUCCAUGAGCUCCUCCGCCGCUGUAGCAAUGGAUCUUGGCAUCCCCGCUUGGCUCUUCUACACCCACAGCAGCUGUGGCUUCUGGAGCUACUUGAACUUCGCGGAGCUAAUGCGCAGAGGAUAUUCACCACUUAAAGAUGAGAGCUUUUUAACUAACGGAUACCUCGACACAAAGAUUGAAGUGAUUCCCGGAAUGGAGGGAAUCCGACUCCGGGAUCUGCCGACUUUUAUCCGCACUACCAACCCGGACGAUCUGAUGUUGCAGAUCAUGCUCAAGAGACCCGAGGAAGCGAGCUGCGGCGUCGGGAUCAUUCUUAACACCUUCGACGACCUCGAGCCUGACGUUCUCGCUGCUGUCCGGUUCAAGUUCGGCAACUUGUACAGCAUCGGCCCAUUGACUAAAUUUAAAAACCUGGUUGCCACAGAUUCAGAAGCAGCCAUGAUUGGGUCCAGUCUAUGGAAGAACGAUUCAGGGUGUUUUGAUUGGCUCGACGAGCAAGAACCGGGGAAAGUUGUUUAUGUCAAUUUCGGAAGCAUCACAGUAUUGUCACCACAGCAGCUGGCGGAGUUCGCUUGGGGGUUAGCCGACAGCGGCUAUCCUAUCCUUUGGGCAAUCAGACCGGACAUGGUGAGCAGCGGCGGUGCGGCUGAGGCUUUGCCGGAGAAUUUUGUUAAGCAGGUUGAGGAGAAGACGAAGGUGGUAGCGUGGUGCGACCAAGAGGCGGUUUUGGCCCACCCGGCGAUUGGAGUCUUUCUGACGCAUUGCGGGUGGAAUUCGACGCUGGAGAGUUUGUGCAACGGGGUGCCGAUGGUGUGCUGGCCCUUCUUUGCCGAGCAGCCAACGAACUGUCGAUAUAUUUGCGAAGAGUGGGGGGUGGGAUUGGAGAUUGAAGGAGAGGUGAAGAGGGAGAUGGUGGCGAAGUUGGUGAGGGAAGCCAUGGAAGGAGAGAAGGGGAUGGAGAUGAAGAGAAGGGCUUUGGAGUGGAAGGAGAAAGCAAGGAGAGCGACUGAGCCUGGUGGUUCCUCGUAUGCAAACGUUGAGAAACUUACGAGGGAUUUGGUCCAGACGAAAGUAAGUGAAGCAGAGAUCAUUUCUGCCGGCUUUCAUCACCAAAUUAAUGAAAAACUUGUUCAGUAAUUUCGCUAUAUUUAGACUUCAAAACUCUUGUCACCCACCAAUUGGUUUCAUACAGGAGUUGUAUGCGAUCUUUCUAGCUUUUAAAGAAUAAAAGUAUUUCUUAUUAGCUCAA